AUGCGACUAGGGAGCUUACCACCAGUGCUGGAAGCCCAGGCAUUCCUUAAGCACUUCGUACGAGCUGUAGCCACUCCUUGUGAGCGCGCAGAAGAAAUAAUUGAGCUCUUCUCACUUCCAAAUAUUAAUGCAAUCAUCCUGGAAGAUAUCUGGGAUCAGACAGACGAAGAUGUCGAAGAUGAGGCAAUCGUAGGGAAAUUAGAUAUUAAGCACAGGCACACUUCUAGCGUUGAGAGUCUACAUCUUCUCGGAUGCUGCAUAAGUAACUUCGUAUUGGAAGUUUUGCUUUCCCUACCUAAGCAAUUGAAAAGCUUCAAAUUCGACAUGGUUUUUCUCCCAGAGAAGACUCCAAAAAACAUUGACGAUGAAGACGAUAAUGGUUAUGACUUGGACUUUUUACCCAUAGCGCUGGACGAUCAUGUCGACAGCCUGGAAAGUCUCGUCUUGACAGCAAAAACGAGAACGUUUACUAUUGAGCACUACUUUACUGGGCCCCUAGAUCUGUCCGACUUCAAAAAGAUAAAGACCCUUCUUAUCGGUUACAUAUUCCUCCCCGAGAUCGCAUGGAGCGUAGUUGAUAAAGACUUUUACCUUCGCCUUCCGCUAAACAUUGAGGAACUACGGGUCUAUUAUGGUGGCGAUGAGUAUUACGAUUUCGUCGAUCGGGAGAGGAAUUGGAUGAUAAGUAUCUUGGAAAAGAAGGAAGAGAGAUUUCCUAAUUUGCGUUUGGUGAUGGCUUCUGGCACCGAUAGACCUGAAACUACUGAAUCCGAGUCUGAUGACGCUGAUGCUGAUGAUCGGUCUUUCGAGCUAUCAAAGGAAUUGGCCAUUUUGGCCCAGGAAUUGGGCGUGGAGGUGGAAAUCGAGAUACGGUGA